AUGCCCGAAAAGCGCGACGGCGAUGGUCCCGAGGGGCAGGAGCUGGUAUCGGCGAAGCGGCAACGGACGGAUCUGGUGCCAGCGUCAUCUGGGGCAGAUGGCGACAAGGGGAAGCAAUUAACUGUCACUAAGGACGGAGUGAAGAGGACGUCAUCGCUGCUCGCUCCGAUCAUGCUGCUCACAGGCCAUGCGGCGGGGGUAUUCACCAUGAAAUUCAGUCCGGACGGGGAGGUCAUCGCUUCAGGUUCACAAGACAAGGAGAUAUUCCUGUGGCGCAUAGAAGGCGAGUGCGACAACUACAUGGUGCUCAAGGGCCACAAGAACGUGAUUCUCGAGCUGCAGUGGACGUCGGACGGCCACAGCAUCGUGUCUGCCAGCCCUGAUCAGACCGUGCGCGCAUGGGACGUGGAGACGGGGAAACAGAUAAAGAAGAUGGCGGAGCAUUCGUCGUUCGUCAACAGCUGCUGCCCCGCGCCCAGAGGCCCGCCGCUGAUAGUCAGCGGCAGCGACGACGGCACGGCCAAGCUGUGGGACAUGCGCGUCAGAGGGUGCAUCCAGACAUUUCCAGACAAGUACCAGUCUGACUGCACACGUCGCAACCAAAAAUCACUCCCUUCCUCCAUCCCGCAGGUCACAGCAGUGGCAUUCUCUUAUAACGGGGACAAAGUGUACUCGGGCGGAAUCGACAACCAAAUAAAGGUCUGGGACCUUCGAAAAUCAGGCGGCACAUCAACAGCAGCAGGGGCGGGGGGAGAGGACGCAGCAGAGGGCGGAAGCGGAGAGACUGGGGGCGGGGGGGGCAAGGGAGCGGAGCCGGUGAUGAGGCUGGUGGGGCACACGGAUACGAUCACGGGCAUGAGGGUCAGCCCUGAUGGGGCGUAUCUGCUCACCAACGCCAUGGACUGCACCCUGCGCAUCUGGGACCUCCGGCCCUACGCCCCGCAGAAUCGUUGUGUGAAGAUAUUCACAGGGCACCAGCACAGCGUGGAGAAGAACCUGCUGAAGUGCGAUUGGUCGCCGGACGGCUCCCGCGUGACAGCUGGCAGCGCCGACCGCAUGGUGUAUGUGUGGGACACGACGAUGCGGCGGAUUCUUUACAAGUUGCCGGGUCACAACGGAUCAGUGAACGAGGCAGUGUUCCAUCCCUCACAGCCCAUCAUCGGCUCCUGCUCCUCUGACAAGCGCAUCUAUCUGGGCGAGCUUGAUCCUUCCCUCAAGUGA